AUGGAUGACCAACAUCACUAUUAUGACGACGACGAAGACGAAGACGAAGAGGAUCAAGUUGGACAUGAUGAAGAAGAAGACGAUUCUACAUCUGUUCUUAGUAUACCCGAUCCCAAUAUUAACUUUGAUCUGGUUUAUGCUCUUCAUACUUUUGCUGCUACUGUGGAUGGUCAAGCUUCUGUUGUGAAAGGUGAUGCCCUGACCUUAUUAGACGAUAGUAAUUCAUAUUGGUGGUUAGUCAAAGUCUUGAAAACAUCUGAAGUUGGUUAUAUACCUGCCGAAAAUAUAGAAACACCCUAUGAACGCUUGGCUCGACUAAAUUCCCAUCGUAAUAUUGAACUUACAAGACGUGAUAUACAAGAUGCUUUCCCAGCUCCACCAUCAGCGAAAUCCAAGGCAACAAAACGUGUUACUUUAGCAAAAGGUGUCAAAUUCCAAGCUCAAGUUAUAUUCGGUGGUAGUGAUGAUGAAGACGAUUUUGCUGAAGAAUAUGAAGAAUGGGAUGAAGCAUUACUUUCCUCAGAUACAGACGAUGGCUCCUCGGAUUCUGACGACUAUGAUUAUUAUAGCAGCCAUCUUUCUGGUACUAAGCAACCAACGACACUGAUGAUAUACUGUGGAAAUUUUGCGUUUGGGGAAGAUGUGAAACCAGCUUUAGCUUAUGCAUCUACAACAGCACAGGAAUUGAUUCAACAGGUAGUAGACUCCUUCGACAAUAGUGCAAAUGAAACUACAAUGGAUAAUGCUAUGAAUUACUAUUUGGUGGUAAAAGGCGUGGAUGGUGAUGAAUACACGUUGGUACCUUCUGAUCGACCACUAUCCAUUUAUCAUUCAUUGACCGGCCAUUUGAACACACCAAUGCCUUCUUUGAAGAAAGCUAGACGGAUUUCACAACUCAUGUCUACCAAUUCGGAUUCUACUAUACAUAUAGGUGGCCCAUCUUAUCAUCAGCCAACAUCUCCUACAUCACCUGGAAAUGAACGUGCUACCGACAACACUGUCCGAUUUUAUCUACAUAGCAAAAAGCGUACUAUUCAUGAAGAAGGUGUGAUCCGGAUCAAGGUAUCGCUGUUAAAGUCCGAAAUUGUGGAUCAAGAUGGAUUAUUUAUGCCUGGUCAGACUCGUGUGGAUAAAUCUCUUUCGGUACCUCAUACAGGUUCAGUUGGCAAUGUCGCUGCUUUGAUUCUAGAAAGAUUUCAUUUACUGAAUGGUGUGGUAGAAGGUUCUUCCGAUUUGAAUGAUCGAAUCAAGGCGUUACGCAUAGAUGGUGGUUCUGAAGGUGAAGCUGUCAUGUAUAGACUGAAUGUCUUCCGAAAUGGUCGAGGUAAUAUAUAG